GUAUCAUAACCGGAAAAGCAACGAACGCAACUGCGAAGCCACUGAAUAUCGCCGGAAAUCACUAAAGUCGCCAGGAAACCAUUAGAGCUUCAGAAGAUGAGAGUCAAGAGGCAGAAGAAGAGCAGGAAGAGCUUGAGCUUUUUCAAGGCAUGCUUUGGUUUCAGAGAGCCCUUCAAGAUCCUUUGUGAUGGCACUUUCCUUCAUCUCCUUCACGCCCAUGGCCUUGGAGACCCUAGCGUUGCUCUCUCUAACCUUCUUGGCACUCGCACCAUACCUUCUGUCACAAGAUGCAUCCUUGGAGAGCUAAAAAGACUUGGAAAUGACUACUCUGAUUCAUUGCAGUCUGCUCGCAACCUUCCAGUCACCAGAUGUAACCAUGAAUUGAUGCAGAGUGCUCGAAACUGCAUAGAGGCGAUUAUCGGAAGCAAUAAUCUGGACCACUUUUUUGUGGCUACCCAGGAUCCCUAUAUUCGCAAAAAAUUUCAGCAGAUACCUGGUGCUCCUGUCAUAUUUGGUCUUAGAAAUACUUUAUUCCUUGAUCCACCGUCAGCAUAUCAGCGCCAGUUUGUAAAAUCCAGUGAAGAUGAGCGUUCGCACAUGAAUGAAUGGGAACAGAAAAUUGUUGGGAAUAGUAAAAAACAGGAUGUUGAAAAGGGGGUUGCAGUGUCUAAUGAUGCUGGGAAGGAAGUUUUGGUGGCCACCAAAUCUAAAAACAAUAGAAAAGGAAUGUUAGAUGUGAAAGACAAGGUUAGAUUUAAAAGAAAGAAGGCAAAGGGCCCAAACCCAUUAUCAUGCAAGAAGAAGAAAAAUCCAGAAGGUCCUUCAGUUUCUCAAACUUUUGUGCAUAAGUUUGAUGAAACGAGUGAGAGGAGUAGAAAGAAGAGAAAACGUAAACGGCCAAAUAAAGAGAAGUUGGAGAACCCAGCAAAUUAAAAAGAUGUCCAUCCCGAGAAAAAUGGGUUAUAGAAUGGGCCAUGGAUUCAAAGCUGGAAACCUGUCUCGAUGUUUGUGUUCAACUGGGCAAAAGAGGCGCUGUAACUCAUAUUUUUGGGCCUUGCAUCUAAUUUUUAGUGUCGGUUAUGAAUGAGCUGAAAUUUUGAAUCAAAAUCUGUGUGUGUGAAA